GUGCAAAUCUUAUGGGGAGUGAUUUGUAUCAGAAUCUCCAAAGGUAUCUGGAAAGGCAUCUCCAUGAAAUUCGGGAGAAUUCUACUCAAUAUAUGGAUGAGAAUUUAUUGCGAUAUUACACGAGGAAUUGGGAGAAAUAUACCACUGCAUCGUCAUAUGUACACCAUGUAUUCAGAUAUCUUAAUCGUCAUUGGGUGAAAAGGGAGAUUGACGAGGGUCGUAAAACUGUCUAUGAUGUUUAUACCCUUACUCUUGUUAGUUGGCGAGAUCAUAUGUUCAUGCAUGUGGAACGUAAUGUAAUGACAGCCGUCCUAAAACUUAUUGAAAGACAAAGGAACGGGGAGACCGUGGAAACCAGUUUGGUAAAGAGCGUUGUAGAAUCCUUCGUUGCACUCGGUCUUGACGAUGCAGACUCCACAAAAUCCACGCUUGAUGUAUAUAAGGAUCAUUUUCAGACUCCAUUUGUGGAUGCUUCUGAAGUAUACUAUAAGGCUGAAUCAGAAAAGUUUGUUAGGGAGAACAGCGUCACCGAGUAUAUGAAGAAGGCAGAAAAACGUUUAAUGGAAGAAGAAAAUCGGGUUCAGAUGUACUUGCAUCAGAGUACGCAUAAGCCCCUCAUUAGUAAAUGUGAAACUGUACUUGUGAAGAAUCAUACGGAAAUUAUGUGGGACGAAUUCCAAAACCUAUUGAACGCGGAUAAAAUGGAAGAUCUACAUCGAAUGUAUUCCCUUCUAUCGCGAAUCCCAGAAUUAUUGGAUCCUCUGCGCACACGUUUCGAAGAACAUGUUCGCAAAGCUGGUUUAAACGCAAUCGAAACAGUUGCAGUUCAGGGUGGGGAAAAUAUGGAACCUAAAACCUAUGUUGACGCUUUGCUGGAAGUACAUAAAAAAUACAAUGAUAUGGUUACUACUGCAUUUAGAGGGGAAGCAGGAUUUGUGGCUUCAUUGGACAAGGCUUGUCGAGAAUUUGUUAACAGAAACCAAGUUUGUAAAUCUUCGACGUCCAAGUCACCUGAAUUAUUGGCUCGAUUCUGUGACUCAUUACUUCGAAAAAGUUCAAAGAAUCCUGAAGAAGGUGAUUUGGAAGAUGUUCUGAAUAACAUUAUGACCGUAUUUAAAUACGUAGAAGACAAGGAUGUUUUCCAAAAAUUCUAUUCUAAAAUGUUGGCAAAACGUCUCGUCAAUGGAACAUCGGCGUCGGAAGAUGCUGAAUCAAGCAUGAUUUCUAAAUUAAAGGAAGCGUGUGGUUUUGAAUACACUUCAAAAUUACAACGCAUGUUUACUGAUAUGGGCUUAAGUAAAGACCUUAAUGAUCAAUUUAGAGAUCGAACUUUAAUAGAGCAACCUGAACAAGUCGACUUUACUGUUCUUGUACUGGGAACUGCAUCCUGGCCACUUCAACCUUCUACCACGAACUUCACCAUACCCGAAGAGCUUGCAAGAACAUUCCAAUCGUUUAAAUUGUUUUAUCAAAGCAAACAUUCUGGCCGCAAAUUAAAUUGGCUGUUCCAUUUAUCAAAAGGUGAACUAAAAGCAAACUAUUGUAAAGCAUCAAAAACAGGCUAUACAUACCAGGUUUCUACCUACCAAAUGGGAAUUCUCUUACAAUAUAAUAAAGACACCUCCUAUACAUUUGAGGAAUUAAAACAAAGUACUGAUUUAAGCCCAGAAGUCUUAAUGGGUUCGUUGAGUACUUUAGUUAAAGCUAAAGUUCUUAAUCAAACCAAGGGCGAUAAUGUCGGAGAACAGGGAUCACGUUACGAAUUGAACAUGGACUUCAAGAGUAAGAAGGUUCGUAUUCAACUAAACGUUCCUGUUAAGUCUGAGCAAAAAGUCGAAGUGGAAGAAACCCAUAAGACUGUUGAAGAAGAUAGGAAGUUAUUGAUGCAGGCUGCUAUCGUUCGUAUCAUGAAGACUCGUAAAACGUUGAAGCACGUCGUUCUGGUACAAGAAGUAAUCGCUCAGUUAUCGAAUCGAUUCAAGCCCAAAAUUCCAGAUAUUAAAAAAUGCAUCGAUGUUUUGUUGGAGAAAGAAUACAUUGAACGUGUGGAAGGUCAAAAGGAUAUGUUCUCCUAUGUUGCUUAA